CUUAUCACAUGGAAUGUAGCUGAGCAGGAUCCACCGCCAGAUUUGAAUACUCUUCUUCAACUUCCACCACCAUUAGGACAGUCCCUCCCAGACCUUUACAUUAUUGGGCUGCAAGAAAUUGGGUCCCUCCGAUUCACCAAAUGGAAGCCUGCUUUCAAGAAAGCACUCGCUGAGCACGGCUACAAAAAAGUUAAAAGUAAUCGGUUGUAUGUUUUGUCUGGAAUAAUGAUACAAGUGUUCGCUCUAGAAAAGCAUUUAGAAUUUAUAAAUAAGGUUGAAACUGGAAGUAUAGCGCUAGGUAUAGCCAAAAUUUUAGGUAACAAGGGAGCCACGAGUGUGAGGCUAAAUCUUUACAACAUGCCAACUUGUUUUGUCAACCUUCAUCUGGCUGCUCACGAGAAAGGUUUUAAUGAACGAUUGGAUCAGAUGUUGUAUGCAGAAAGAUAUCAGUCUUUCACCAAAACUGAAGUAGACACAAUUUUCAAAAACGAUCUUGUGUUUUGGCUUGGCGACCUAAACUUUCGCCUGCAUCAAGAUCUAAACCUCAGUGUCGAGGAUAUAAAAGACCACAUUCGGGAAAAACAGCUUGAUAAGCUUUUUGAACAUGAUGAGAUCAACCGUAUGAUGAAAAACGGAGGCUUCUUUCAAAAGCUGCAAGAAGCUGACAUCAAGUUUCCUCCAAGUUUCAAGUUUAAACUUGGGACAAACGAUUAUGUUACAAACCGUCGGCCUGCGUGGACUGAUCGUAUUUUGUACAGGGAUAGUGAAAAAGUGAAUAUAACCCCCAUAAGCUACAAAAGUGUGGAAGAGUAUAUGGUUAGUGACCACAAACCUGUAAUCGGCGAGUUUGAAAUUUCAAUCAAAGUCUAUAGUCUGUCCGUUCGGCUGUGA